AUGCCUUCAAACACCCGCGCAUGGAUCCUGAAAGAACAAAAUGGCAUCGACAGCCUUGAAAUCAUCGACCAAGCACUACCUGAAAUCGGCGACUUCGAUGUCCUCGUGAAACUGCACGCAGCAUCUCUCAAUUAUCGAGAUAUAGUCCUCGCAACCGGCUCCGUUCCCCUCCCGUUCUUCCGCCCGGGAGUAGUCCCAGCCUCCGAUGGCGCCGGCAUCGUAGAAACAGUCGGAUCGAAAGUCCAGGCCUUCCGACCGGGUGAUCGAGUCUGCACCCAUCUUACGUCCGAAAUGCCGGCCUCAAAAACGCCAUCCAUGGCCGACAUUUGCUCCGGACUCGGACAGCACGUUGACGGAACUCUACGCUCCCACGGCGUCUUCCACGAAACUGCACUCGUGUCAAUGCCGGAAGGUCUCGAUUUUCUCCAGGCAAGUACCCUGACCUGCUCGGGAUUAACAGCAUGGAAUGCCUUGUUUGGAAUCAAUGAGUAUAGACCCAGGAAGGGGGCUUAUGUUCUUAUUCAAGGCUCCGGGGGUGUCUCGAUAGCAGCCUUGCAGUUCGCCGUCGCUGCAGGUGCAACAGUAAUUGCAACAACAAGCUCCUCCGCCAAAGCCACACGCCUUAAAUCCCUAGGCGCUCAUCACGUCCUAAACUAUCGUGAUGAUUCAAACUGGGGCGAGACAGCGAAGAAUCUUACUCACGGCAAAGGGAUUGACCUAGUCGUUGACGUUGGGGGUCUGUCUACUCUUCCGCAAUCAUUCAAGGCCGUUCGCACCAAUGGACUUAUUGCCCUGACUGGGAUGCUGGGAAAGGCUGAUGGAGAAUUGCCUUCGCUCAUGGAUUGUUUGAUGAAUGUUUGUACUGUGCGUGGAGUUUUGCUUGGGACUAGGGACCAGUUUGAUGAGAUGAAUCGGUUUACUGAGGAGAAGGGUAUUAGACCUGUUGUUGAUGAAAGGGUCUUUGGCUUCGAGGAAUGUAAGGAGGCGUAUAGGCUUUUGGAGAGACAGGGGCAUUUUUCGAAGGUUUGUGUUUCGUUGCAGUGA